AUUAAAAAUGGCCGACUAUGUCAAUAAAUAAAUUUCAUCAUUUAUACGUAUAAUAAUAAUAUAAAUUGUUAUUUUUAUUUAUUUAUUGGAUAUAGAAAUAUAUAUAUAAUAAUUAUGAGUAAAAAGAGACAUGGAUUAUCGAAAGAAGAAAUUGCUAAGCAAUUUAUGCUACCAGAAAGAAAAAGUAAAAUAGCAACGUUAUUAAAACAAGAUGGACAAGCUUAUUGUAUUUGCCGCAGCUCAGAUAGUUCACGAUUUAUGAUUGGUUGUGAUGCUUGUGAAGAGUGGUAUCAUGGAGAUUGUAUUAAUAUAACAGAGAAAGAUGCCAAAUAUAUAAAACAAUUUUUUUGUGUUCGAUGCAGAGAAGAGGAUUCAACAUUAAUAACAAGAUACAAACCUCGUAAAACAGAUCAAGAAGAUCGUAGAUUUAAAAAAUAUCGUGAUAAAGAUGGUCGAAGUGGUGGAAAUAGUAGUAGUGCUGCUGCUACUGGUAGUAGUACUGGUCCUGGUGCUGCUGGUGGUCGUCGUUAUGAGUAUGAUGAACCGUGGGUUGGAGAUUCAUUGAUAGUUAAAAAAUCAUCACAAUCAUCAAAACGUUGUGGUGAAUGUAAUGGUUGUUUGAGAAAUGAAAAUUGUGGUAAAUGUGAUCCUUGCAGGCAUCUUAAAAAAUUUGGACCAUCAGUAAGACUUAAAUUACGUUGUAUACAGCGUACAUGCCGUUCUAUUGGAGCAAUACCAUUAAAACCUUCAAAAAGUUUAGAUAAAAAUAGAUUUGAUAAACCAAUUAAAAAACGUAAACGUGAUUCAAGUAAUGAAAGAACAGAACAGUUGUUGUAUAAUUUAUUAGAUACUCCAAGACAAUGUUAUGGUCCAACAUGUAUAAGACAAUCACGAGUUGGUAGUAAAUAUUGUUCAGAUGAGUGUGGAUUAAAACUUGCAACUAAUAGAAUAUAUCAGGUAUUACCACAAAGAAUUCAAGAAUGGUCAUUGACAUCUUGUGUUGCUGAACAAAAUAAUCAACAUGCAUUAGAGUCUGUAAGAAAACAACAGCAAGAUGUUAAAAUUAUUUUACAAGAAUUAGAUAAACGUCAUGCUGAAUUAGAUCGUAUUGUUGAGAGAGCUAAAAAUGCAACUAUUGAUCCUAAUUAUGAAAUAGAUGAUAAUGAUGAUACUGAAAUGAGUAUGUAUUGUAUAACUUGUGGACAUGAAAUACAUUCACGUACUGCCAUUAAACAUAUGGAAAAAUGUUUCAAUAAGUAUGAAUCUCAAGCGUCUUUUGGUUCUAUUUUUAAAACUCGUAUUGAGGGUCAAGUUAUGUUUUGUGAUUUUUUUAAUCCGAUAAAUCGUACCUACUGUAAACGUUUACGUGUUCUUUGUCCUGAGCAUUGUAAAGAUCCAAAAAUAAAUGAUACUCAAGUAUGUGGUUGUCCAUUGGUAACAAAUGUAUUUGAUAUGACGGGUGAAUUUUGUCGAGCACCGAAAAAAAGUUGUGUUAAACAUUAUGUAUGGGAAAAAUUACGUAGAGCUGAAAUAGAUAUGGAACGUGUUAGACAAUGGUUAAAAAUUGAUGAAUUAGUUGAACAAGAACGUCAAAUUCGUUCAAAUAUGGCAACACGUGCUGGUGUCUUGGCAUUGAUGCUACACUCAACUUAUAAUCAUGAAUUAAUGGAACAAAUGACUCAAGAGCAAAAUCGCGAGCAAUUAAAAGCAAUGGAAGAAGAACUCGAAAGAAGAUACAGUCAAUUUCAUCAACGCAAACUUAAAAAUACUGACUAAUUAUUUAUUUUUUAUUUUUUUUUUCUUUAACAUCAUUUUUAUAAGGUAACUUACUUCUUUACUUGCAUUUAUAAUAAUAAUAUAAAAAUUACAACAAAUCAAUUUUUUUUUUCUUUAAUAAAAAUUAAAAUUUUUUAAAUCAUUUUAUUGUUUAUUAUAUUAUAGAUAUAGAAAAAUUACAUAGGACGGAAAAAUUUCAAGUACUUGUGAAACUUAAAUAAAAAAUUAAUUUUACAUAAUCUUUCAUAAGUAUUAUUAUUAUUAUUUUUUAAUAUUAACGUGUGAAACGAUUUGAUAUUUUGUUGCUGCUGUUGGUGUUUUUUUUGAAAUCCAAUGUUUUUAUAAAACCUAAAAACAUUAUUAUAUUGUUGUGAUAGUUUUUUAAAUAUUUAAUUUUAAAUUAAUUAACAAAAAAUAUUAUAUAAAAAAAUAUAUAUGUACGUAUAUAUGUACAUCUUACGAAUUAUUGAGUUCGUUAAAUUUAUCAGAAAAAAUAUUUUUUAACAAUUCAACAGGUUUAUUUCUCAUCCAACCAAUUGGAUUAUCAUCGACUUGUUGUUGAGUCAAUGUAUUUCCUUCAUAAAUAUAUUCUGCAAAAUCUGAGACAAUUGGAUCACUUCCUACACUACUCAUAGCAAUAACUUUACCAUCUUUUAUAUAAUAAGCAAAGAAUUUAAAAUUAUCCAGUGAUCCAUAAAUUUUAAUGCUUGUUGCACGUCCAUGACCUGUGGAAAAAAAAAAACAAUUUUAUUAUUAUUAUUAUUAUUAUUUUUUUUUUUUUUUUAAAUUUUAGUUUACCUGCAUAACGGUAACUUUUGCCAAACAAGGUAGUCCAAAAAAAAGGCACAACUCUCAAAGGUUUUUCUUUAUUACAAAUAUUUAAAGCUGCAAUUUUACCAUGAUAUUGUGCUAGUGAAUAAUGACCUAUAGAUGCUGGAUUAUUAUCAGACACAAAUACUGGAGCAUAAGCAAUAUCACCACCAGCAUAUACAUUAUU